GUUUAGGGUUCUCGAGUCGACAUGCGCCGGCGUCUGGAGCUGGCGGGCCUGGGUCUGGCCUUCUCCGGGUGGCUCUGCGCCAUCUUGACUCGCUGCGUGGCCUUGUGGACGGUGAGCGGCACUCUGGAUAACUCCACGGCUACCCUACCGGCUUACUGGGACGGGGUGUGGCUGGAAUGGGACCACUGGGAUCUGGCCCACGACGGGGAGCUGCACUGUUCCUUCUAUCGGACGCUCAUUUCGCUUUCUGGGAGUUUCCGCACGUGGAGGGCCUUCAUCAUGGCGGCGGUGGGCGCAGGGGCGUUUUCCACCUUGAUAGGUGUGGCCGGAGCCGUGUGGUUCCCCAAGCGGGGGCAGGUGAAAGUGUUUUCCGGGGCCGCGUACGUUUUAUCCGGGAUUCUUAUUCUGAUUCCCAUCGCCUGGACCUGCCAGCACAGCAGCCAGCCGCUGGCGGGUGCCGUGCACCUGAGGAGGGACUGGGGACCGGCGCUGUAUUUUGGAUGGGUGGCCUUUGCGCUGAUGAUCGCCGGGGGGAUCCUUCUCACCACAUUGUGUCCCACCGCCUCCGAGGUACCGGACCCGUCCGUUGAGGGUCACGGGACGCAUCUUCCCGAGGAGACGAUGCACCCACUCAACAGGAUCAACAGGGCCAACUUCACACAUAGCCAGUACCAACGUGGGUCCGUGCCCUCCUGAUGCCCCCCCUUCCCCUUUGCGUGUGUAAGCAAUAGGUGAAAAUCUCAAAUCUUAUUUCCCCCAUUGGAAAUGCUGGAGCAGGUACUGGACUCCUCAGAGAAGAUCCAUGCGAGCACACGAAACCCGAGCCAACAUUCGAACCCCGAACUGUGAAAUUUUCAAUUUUGAAAAUGUGUAUUUGCAUUAGAGCAUACUCCCCAUGGUGACACAAUUAGUUCAUAUCUUCAUUACCUUUUUUUUUUUUAACAUUUCAAGUUUUACUCACAUAUUACAACUUUAUUCUUGUGAAUUUGACUUUUUAUGAAGAAUUAAAAAUGGGCUCAUUUUGUGUAUACAUCCUGAAUGUAUAAGUUUAGUAAUUUUUUUUUUGAUAUGGUACAGAAAUUAAGUUUUGACCUACUUGACCAAUGAAGAACUUUUGAUUGUUAACCUGUGGACAUUGUAACUACUUUUCACUUGCCCUUGAUUGAAAAGAAAGUGACAUUAAAUACACAUUUGCAUUUAAUAUUUGUGUGCAAAAAAU